CUUCCAAAUUGACAUUUUUAUUUUUCUUCCAACAUGGGGAAGCGUAUCCCAUUUUACAUUUUACUGGCCUUGAUUCCUGCUCUUGUAAUUUCAGAUAUUUUGAUAAACCCGCUGAGAAACAUUAAGAAGAGAAGUGCUACUGAUGUGCACACCCAUGCCAUAGAAAUCUACUGGGUGAAAAUAGACUGCAGUGUUACUUCCAGAUUUUCCCGUAAUGUCAUCACUAGUCGAGCUGUAAAUCGUGCCAAUGUGUCCAAGGAAGCUCAGUUUGAUGUGGAGCUCCCCAAAACAGCCUUUAUUUCCAACUUUACCUUGACAAUUGAUGGUGUCACUUAUCCUGGAAUCAUAAAGGAAAAAGAAGCUGCCCAAAAGCAGUAUCAACAAGCAGUUUCAAGGGGCCAGACUGCAGGGCUUGUGAAAGCUGCUGGAAGAAAAACAGAGAAAUUCAGUGUUUCGGUCAAUAUUGCGUCAUCCAGCAAAGUUACUUUUCAAUUGACUUAUGAAGAACUCUUGAAGAGAAAGUUUGGAAAAUAUGAAAUAUUUAUCAAAGUCAAUCCAAAACAGCUUGUGAAUAAAUUUGAGAUAGAAGCAAACAUCUUUGAGCCUCAAGGCAUCAGUGAACUUGACGUUGAAGGGACAUUCCUCAACAACGAACUGCUACCAGUUGUGAAAAAGUCUUUUUCAGGAAAAAAGGGCCAUGUAUCAUUCAGUCCUACUAUUGAACAACAACGAACCUGUGACAAUUGUACAACUACGCUGCUACAAGGAGAUUUUGUCAUCAAGUAUGAUGUGAACAGAGAUUCUCCUAAUAAUUUACAGGUAGUAAAUGGAUACUUUGUACACUUUUUUGCACCAAAAAUCCUUGAACGUUUACCUAAGAAUGUUGCCUUUGUAAUCGAUGUCAGUGGUUCCAUGUAUGGACAGAAAAUUCGGCAAGCAAGGGAAGCCUUGACAAAAAUAGUGGAAGACUUAAAAGAAGAAGAUCACUUCAAUAUCAUCCUGUUUGGAAGUUCAGUUUCAACAUGGAAAGAUGACUUAAUUCAAGCUACUCCAGAGAAUGUGAAUCAAUCAAAGGAAUUUAUUAGCCACAUACAAGAUUCAGGAGCAACAGAUCUUAAUGGUGGUUUACUGACUGGCAUUGACAUGCUGAAUAAAGCUCAUGAAACAAAAUCUGUACCUGAAAGAAGUGCCUCUUUAGUUAUCAUGUUAACUGAUGGGGAUCCUACUGCUGGUGUAACAAAUCUCGGGCAGAUUCAAGAAAAUGCUAAGAAUGCAACUAAAGGAAGAUAUCCCAUAUACAAUCUUGGGUUUGGUUAUGAUGUUGACUAUGCGUUUUUAGAGAGAAUAGCAACAGAAAACAAUGGUGUGGCUCGCCGCAUCUUUGAAGACUCAGAUGCAGCUUUACAACUACAGCAUGGUUUUUAUGAUGAAGUAGCCAAUCCUUUGCUUACUGAAGUGGAGUUAGACUAUAAGGAAAAUGCCAUCUCAGAUUUGACUCAAAAUAGUUUUAAACAUUAUUAUGAUGGCUCUGAAAUAGUUGUGGCUGGACGAAUUACAGACAAUGACCUGAACAGUAUCACAGCAGAAGUAAAAGCUCAAGGAGCACUAAAUGAGGUGACUUAUUCUGAACAAGCUGAUGUUGAGGAAACAACCAAAGCUUUCAAAGAGCAACAAUACAUAUUUGGAGAAUAUAUUGAGAGAUUCUGGGCUUAUCUCACCAUUCAACAACUUCUAGAAGCACGUGCUGUAGCGCAGGGAGAUGAAAAAGAAAAUAUUACUGCCAAAGCCCUGGAGUUGUCUCUGAAAUAUAAGUUUGUGACUCCAUUAACAUCUAUGGUUGUCACAAAGCCAGAAGGCAAUAACGUAACAGAAGCAGUUGCUGACAAACCACAGAAGGUACAGAUAUUGUAUGAAGUUGAAAUGAAAGAAUUGCAAAUUGAAAUGUAUCAUUCCUAUGAGAUGAAAUUUAUCUCUGGAAGAAUGAAAGGAAAUAAAAUAUUGAUGCAUUUCUUUUAUGCAGGAAAGCUACAAGUGUCCAGCUAUCUACCUCCAUCCAUAGUUCCUGACUAUUAUUCUAGUGUUGAUGGAGACCCACACUUUAUUAUAGCUGUACCCCAGAAGGAAGAUGCCCUUUGUUUCAACAUUAAUGAGGAGCCAGGGGUGGUGGUAAAUUUGAUAAGAGAUCCAGUUACAGGUUUUACCGUCAAUGGACAGCUUAUUGGCGAUAAAAAGAGCAUCAACAAUGUAAAACCACAGAACACAUAUUUUGGAAAACUUGGGAUUGUAACUAUGAAUCAGAACGUAAGGCUUGAAAUAACAACUCAAAAUGUCAUCCUUCAAAAUGGUAUGGAAAGGAGAAUAUUCAGUUGGUUUCAUGAAGUUGACUUACAACAACCCGGUUUGACACUAAUAAUCAAACGAAAAGAGAGCCUAGAGGUUUCAAUGGAUAAUGGAGCAAAGUUUAUUGUUGUUCUACACCAAGUGUGGAAACAUCCAUUACGCCAAGAUUUCCUCGGAUUUUACAUGAUUGAUAGUCACAGAUUAUCUGAACAAACCCAUGGUUUACUAGGGCAAUUUUUCCACCCAAUUGACUUUGAUAUACUUGAGGUCCACCCUGGAUCGGAUCCAGAAAAACUAGAUGCCACCAUGAUUGUGAAGAAUAACCAUCUGACAGUAACCAGGGGAUGGCAGAAGGAUUACGUAGCUGAUAUCCAGCAGGGUGCCAAUAUCCCUUGCUGGUUGAUUCACAACAAUGGAGACGGCCUUAUUGAUGGCAAUCACACAGACUACAUUGUUCCCAGCAUAUUUUGAAAUAAAUAAAAAAAACCUUAAGGAUGAUGAUGAUGAAAAAGUUCAUGUUAUGAUAACUGCUUGUGAUAUCAUCUGAAGAAAUAUUCUAAUACUGGGGAUUUUAUUGUGAAUCCAAAUAACUGAAACUGAUAUAUUCAUGGUACAAUAUGUGUAUCUUCUGCUUAGAUAUAAUUUCAAUAGACUGGAAAACUUUGAAUUGAUUUAAUUACACAUUUAUUUUCUACUCAUUCCUGAGUAUCUGUAGGCAAGGUUUACAUAACUAAACAUUAAAUAUGGAAAAAGCGUAUAUGUUGCAAUGUAAAAAUCUCCCCAAAAUGUCUGGCUAAGGCUGUGCCUAAAUUUUAAUAAUGUUUGUGUGCAGGCAUGUGUGUGUGUGUGUGUGUGUGUGUGAGCUCCAAUAGGAAUUUGUUCUGAUGAUUUAUCACUUAUAUCUUUUAUGUACACUGAGAGCUUAUGCACCAAAGACAAAUUCCUUGUGUGAGCAAUCACACUUGGCCAAUAAAGAAUUCUAUUCUA